AGCGCUGUGCACUGUGUGUAGGCUGUUUAAAAAAGGACAACCCCCCAGAGACAAAAGCAGCGCGCAUUGUUUGCUCCAGAGGAGGGAGGUCGCCGCCUGCUUUGUGUUAGGACAUCCAAAACAUAAUCUGUCGCAACUUCCAGUUUUCAAAUGGACGUUUCUGUCAGUUGCAUGUCGCCACGUGUGAAGCUAUGUGACCACCAUGUUUAGUUUCGACCGAGGGAUUCAUCGUCGUUUGAGAAGAGACCCCGACUUUGUGCCGAUAUGGCAAACCAUGAGCGCAACAAAAAGAUCUUACUGGAGCUGGUGAAGCGUCCGGACAACAGGCGAUGCGCCGACUGCGGCGCGCCCGAUCCAGACUGGGCAUCCUACAAACUGGGUGUGUUUGUGUGUCUGAACUGCUCUGGCAUCCAUCGCAGCCUGUCCAGCCGGGUCAAAUCCAUACAGCUGGACUUCUGGGAGGAUGAGCUGGUGGAGUUCAUGAAAUCCAAUGGAAAUGUCAGCGCCCAGGCUUUGUAUGAGAAAGCUGUUCCACCGUAUUACUAUCGGCCCCAGGAAAAGGACUGUGUUGUCUUAAGGGAGCAGUGGAUUCGGGCUAAAUAUGAAAGGAUGGAAUUCACAGGAGUAACUAAGUAUCCACCCAUUUCAUAUACCACAGGUUUCUAUGAAGGGAUGCUGUGGAAAAAAGGGAAAGAGACCACACAGUUUCUGAAGAGGAAGUUUGUUCUGUCAGAGAGAGAAUUUACCCUGACUUACUACAACAAGGAAAAUGAGUCCAAAGGCCCUAAAGCUGUGAUCCCCAUCAAGGACCUAAACGCCACCUUUCAACCGGAGAAGAUUGGACACCCUCACGGGCUGCAGAUCACCUACCAAGACGACAAUCACACCAGGAACCUCUAUGUUUAUCACGAGAGUCCUGAGGAGAUAGUCACAUGGUACAACGCCAUUCGCGCCGCUCGCUAUGCAUACCUGAAGACAGCAUACCCGACUGGUAGCGAUGAAGAGCUGAUACCAAAGAUAACAAGAAACUACCUCAAAGAGGGAUACAUGGAAAAGACAGGGCCACUGCAAAAGGAACCAUUCAAAAAGAGGUGGUUUAUUUUGGACUCUCAAAACAGGAAGUUGUUUUACUUCAAAGGCCAGUUGGAUGCGGAGGAGUUAGGGGUGAUUUUCAUCGGCACAGAGAGCAAAGGUUACUCUGUAAAGGAGUGUGUCCCGAAGCAUGCUCGGGGAAACAAGUGGAAGUGUGGUGUUAUGGUGGAGACGCCCGAGCGGCAGUUUGUCUUCAUGUGCGAGCAGGAGAGGGAGCAGAGAGAGUGGCUGGACGCCCUCAGACAGGUCCUGCACAGGCCAAUGGCACCGCAGGAUUACACCAUUGAAGCCAACAUCAACUAUAAAAGAUAAACAACUUAGAGGUGUGUGAACAGGAUGAUGGAGAGGAGACUGCUGUUACUGCAACUGUGUCAGGACUGACUGUGGUUCACCGUGUCACGCCCAGUACUCAUCUCUGUGCUGUAGUAAAGCAUCUUGAACCAUUACUCUGACUAUGCUCUGUGUGCAUUAAAGACUUCCAUCCACUCCCGUUAACUGACAUUGGAUCUGAUGCUCAAUCUCAGACUUCUGAGCGAUUGUAUCAUUAUGUAAUAUGUACUCAAACAUACACCCCUGUAGAUCAACAACCACUGCAUAUGGAUGGUUAUUCAUUUUUUUAUAUUUUAAAUUGCUGAAUGAAUAACCAUAUAGUUUUGGUAAUGUUUCACAAUCUUAUGAGCAAAAAAUAAAUUACUUUUAAAAAAA